CAGAGACAUUUUUACACAUUUGGAACAACAUGAGGCUUCCUUUACUUCCUUUAGAAUACUGAAAUUUCAGAUAACUCCAAGACAUCCGUUGUGUGUGUGUGUGUGUGUUUGUGCUGUUAUGAGGUGUGAUCUGCUUGUGUUGAAGGUUCUUCUCUCUGUGUUGAGCACUGAGAUGAUGACGAUGGUUCAGGCUGUUUGUCCUCACAUGUGUUCCUGUAGGGAGACUGUGGUCAACUGCAGUAAACGUGGCUUGACCACGGCCACCCUGCCGUCCUCUUUCCCUCCUCACACAUCUGAACUCUACCUGAAUGACAACCAUCUCACCUCACUGCCCAACAACCUGCUGGAGUCACUGUCCUCUCUGCGUCUGGCUCAUCUCCACGGUAACCCCUGGUCAUGUGACUGUGGCAUCCUCUAUCUGAGGGGUUGGCUGCUGAAACAGAGGAAUGAUGCAUUGAUACGGAACGUCACGUGUAGCUCUCCAGCGCACCUGCGAGGGCGUCUUGUGGUCUAUCUGGUGGAGGAGGAGGUUCUGGAGUCCUGUCGUUAUUGGAUGUGUAAUUUAGCUCUGGCUUCUCAGAUCAGCCUCUUCAUCUUCAUCGUGGUUCAAGCCCUCCUGCUGGCGUCUGUCAUCCUCUUCCUGCGGCGUUUCGAGCGGCUCACCCGAGAGGCCCGGCGUACGGCUGCAGAGACCUUCACGCCUGGAGAUGAUGCUCAGAGUAAUCAAUAUGUCAUGUUGAAGGACAGGAGCACGUAGGAUGAGCGUCAGAGAUGAUUAUUGAUGAUCAAUAUACUUUUCUAGCUAACAAAGUAUAUUUAAUAAAUUUGGUGCAUAUUAUUCAAUUGUUUAUAAAUUGUAGAAUUUACUGUUAGAUUAAUGAGGAUUAUUUAUAAAAAUAUAUUUAUAAAGCACAAUAAAAACAACAGUUUUGACCGCAAUGCACUAAAAAGGAUCUAAUGUUUAUAUUAUUGAUAUAGUUUUUUUAAACCUUACUAUAGUAGAUAUUGAAGUAUACUACAGUAUUUUCUAGAGUAUUGUGCAAUGCUAUAUUGCUUUUAUGAUUUUACAUUCUACUACAGUUAACCAUCAGUUUUACAUCAGUUAUUUUCUCCAUAUUUACACAUAUGUAUGCGUUACGUUUGUUUGUUCGUGUGUUUAACAGCAUGUGACAUGUUCAGCAUGCAAAUAUUUCUUCUGUGUAUUAUUUUCCUUCAUCCAACCCAUAAAUUAAUUGGUAACAAUGUUAAAUGUGACAACUUUUGAUUUCAUUAAUGCAUUAGUAAGUGCUGAAAUUAACAUUAAUAAAUGCUGUGGAAGUAUUGUUCAUUGAUAAUGUAUGUUAACUAAUACAUAAACUAAGACGUAAACAUCACCUUAUUGUAAAUUGUUACCAAAUAAGGUCAGAAAAUAUUAUACACAAUUUCAUGUAAUGAUAACAAUAAUACGAUAAUAAUAAAAUAAUCGAUUGAUGUUCCUACA